CGUAAGUCGGGCGGCCGCGUAGUCGCUGCAGCACCGCCGCCGCUGCCGCAGCCGCCACAUUCAACAGGCAGCAGCGCCGCGGUCACGCCGCCCGGGAGAGCGAGCGGCCCGCGGGGCCGUGUCAGCAGGAGCGCGACGCCGGCGCUGCCGGGGCCCGGCGACGUUGGCCUGCCGUGCCGUCCGUGCAGCGGACCCGGAGGAGCCUAGAUGUGGAUGGACCCGUGAAGUUAAGUUCUGGGCUCGCGCCUCCACUCCGCCGCCGCGCCUUCCUCCCGGUUUCCGUCCGCUCGCGGCACCGAUCUCAGCCCCCUCGCACCACCGCCGCCCCCCAGCCCCCCGCAAACCUCGGACCGACUCUUCGCGCCCUCUGCCCUCGGCCCCCCGGUGCCGCGCGCUCUCACUUCUCGGCAGUCCCGCGGCUGGGGGAGGGGCGGGGGUCACCAUGGCCGAAGCGCCCCAGGUGGUGGAGAUCGACCCGGACUUCGAGCCGCUGCCCCGGCCGCGCUCGUGCACCUGGCCGCUGCCCAGGCCGGAGUUCAGCCAGUCCAACUCGGCCACCUCCAGCCCGGCGCCGUCGGGCGGCGCGGCCGCGAACCCCGACGCCGCCGCGGGCCUGCCCUCGGCGUCGGCGGCUGCUGUCAGCGCCGACUUCAUGAGCAACCUGAGCCUGUUGGAGGAGAGCGGGGACUUCCAGCAGGCGCCCGGCUCCGUGGCGGCGGCGGCGGCCGCGGUGGCGGCGGCGGCGGCGGCGGCCGCCACCGGGGGGCUGUGCGGGGACUUCCAGGGCCCGGAGGCGGGCUGCCUGCACCCGGCGCCGCCGCAGCCCCCGCCGCCCGGGACGCUGUCGCAGCACCCGCCCGUGCCCCCCGCCGCCGCCGCCGCCGGGCCGCUCGCGGGGCAGCCGCGCAAGAGCAGCUCGUCCCGCCGCAACGCGUGGGGCAACCUGUCCUACGCCGACCUCAUCACCAAGGCCAUCGAGAGCUCGGCCGAGAAGCGGCUCACGCUGUCGCAGAUCUACGAGUGGAUGGUCAAGAGCGUACCCUACUUCAAGGAUAAGGGCGACAGCAACAGCUCGGCGGGCUGGAAGAACUCAAUUCGUCACAAUCUGUCCCUACACAGCAAGUUCAUCCGCGUGCAGAAUGAAGGAACUGGAAAAAGUUCCUGGUGGAUGCUCAAUCCAGAGGGGGGCAAGAGUGGGAAGUCCCCCAGGAGAAGAGCCGCGUCCAUGGACAACAACAGUAAAUUUGCUAAGAGCCGGGGCCGAGCUGCCAAGAAGAAAGCGUCCCUCCAGUCUGGCCAGGAGGGUGCCGGGGACAGCCCAGGGUCGCAGUUUUCCAAGUGGCCUGCGAGCCCCGGCUCUCACAGCAACGAUGACUUUGAUAACUGGAGUACAUUUCGCCCUCGAACUAGCUCAAAUGCUAGUACUAUUAGUGGGAGGCUUUCUCCCAUCAUGACCGAACAGGAUGAUCUUGGAGACGGGGAUGUACAUUCUAUGGUGUACCCACCGUCUGCUGCAAAGAUGGCUUCUACUCUUCCCAGUCUGUCUGAGAUAAGCAGUCCUGAGAACAUGGAAAACCUUUUGGAUAAUCUCAACCUUCUCUCAUCACCAACGUCAUUAACUGUUUCAACCCAGUCUUCACCGGGCACCAUGAUGCAGCAGACACCAUGCUACUCGUUUGCGCCACCAAACACCAGUCUGAAUUCACCCAGCCCAAACUACCAAAAAUACACGUAUGGCCAGUCCAGCAUGAGCCCUUUGCCCCAGAUGCCUAUGCAGACACUUCCGGACAACAAAUCGAGUUAUGGAGGCAUGAGUCAGUAUAACUGUGCACCGGGACUCUUGAAGGAGUUGCUUACUUCCGACUCUCCUCCCCACAAUGACAUCAUGACGCCAGUUGAUCCUGGCGUGGCUCAACCCAGCAGCCGAGUCCUCGGCCAGAAUGUAUUGAUGGGCCCUAAUUCGGUCAUGCCAGCCUACGGCGGCCAGGCGUCUCAUAACAAAAUGCUGAACCCCAGCUCCCAUGGCCACCCUGGACAUGCUCAGUCUACGUCUGCAGUUAAUGGGCGUGCCUUGCCCCACGCGGUGAACAGCAUGCCCCACACCUCGGGUAUGAGCCGCUUGGCCCCAGUGAAGACAGCUUUACAAGUGCCUAUGUCCCACCACCUGCAGAUGAAUGCCCUGGGGGGCUACUCCUCCGUGAGCAGCUGCAACGGCUACGGCAGGAUGGGCAUUCUCCACCAGGAGAAGCUCCCCAGUGACUUGGACGGCAUGUUUGUUGAGCGCUUGGACUGUGACAUGGAGUCCAUCAUUCGGAACGACCUCAUGGAUGGAGAUACAUUGGAUUUUAACUUUGACAAUGUGUUGCCCAACCAAAGCUUCCCACACAGUGUCAAGACGACAACACACAGCUGGGUGUCAGGCUGAGAGCGAGCGAGUGAGCAGGCUACACUUAAAAGUACUUCAGAUUGUCUGACAGCAGGAAUUGAGAGAAGCAGUCCAAAGAUGUCCUUCACCCUACCUUUUCAUUUUCUUGAUUAAAAAAAAAAAAAAAAAAAGCAUUUCUUUUUUCCUUUCGUCAGACUUGGCAGCGAAGACACUUUUCCUGUACAGGAUGUUUGCCCGAUGUUUGCAGGUUAUGUGCUGCUGUAGAUAAGGACUGUGCCAUUGGAAAUUUCAUUACAAUGAAGUGCCAAACUCACUACACCAUAUAAUUGCAGAAAAGACUUUUGGAUCCUGGUGUGCUUUCAAGUUUUGUAUAUAAGCCGUAGCUACAGAAUUGUAUUUGUGUGUGUUUUUGUUUUUUUAAAUAUUCAUUUGGUCCAAGGAAAGUUUAUACUCUUUUUGUAAUACUGUGAUGGUCUCAUGUCCUUGAUAAGUUAAACUUUUGUUUGUACUACCUGUGUUCUGCUGAACUGAUGAAUCACAAAGAACCAAGCUCUCCAUCCUGCAACCUCCACUGAACAGCUCUGUACCUGUUCACAUUGCCACAUAGUUCACAGGAGAACCCAGAGCCUGUUGUCCAACUGCUGAAUCAAUGGACUUAUCACAACUCUUUUGGAGGAAAAAAAAAAAAGAUUAAACGCCAGCCUUGUACAGGUCUUUUCUAUUUUUUUUUUUUUUUUGGUUUGUUUGUUAUUUGCAAAUUUGUACAAACACUUAAAUGGUUCUAAUUUCCAGAUAAAUGAUUUUUGAUGUUAUUGUUGGGACUUGAGAUCAUUUUUGGAAUAGAUAUGGAACUGUAAUGUUUUCUUAAAACUAGAGUCUACUUUGUUACAUAGUCUGCUUGUAAUUUUGUGGAAUCCCUGAUAUUUUGAAACAGCACCUGUAAUUUUCAUUUUGUAUUUCUAACUGGAUUAGUACUAAUUUUAUAAGUGCUUCA